AAUUCGCGUGGGUCCAUGAGGCCCAUCUCGUUCGAGAAUUUGCGGAGGCUCGUUGGCCGCAAGAAGGACAGGAACGAGCCCUCCUUCAAGCGCAGCGAGUCCUUCAAGCGAAUAUCGAUCAGAAAAAGUUACCUCGAUCGCGGCAAGCGACGCAACAAAGUUCAAAAAACACCGGAAUCUAAUUCCAAAGAUGUCGAAGAUCGGUCCCGCCUCGAGACGGAAUAUCAGAAGGAGCCGUUGCAGAAGCUCAAUGGCACCACUACGAGCAUCGUUAUUCAGGACGAUCAAGAACCGAGAAAGAUUCAAAAAGCUGCCGGUACGAUUGGCUAUGACGAAUGGAUUCACGACGUCAAUAGCCCGCAAGAUAAAAUUCGGGACGACUACGAAUCGCCGCGUCAAGCCCUGCCCCGUGUCAGGAACAGCAAAACUCCGCAUCCCACCGCCAUUCAAGCGGUCAAAACUGGUAGCGUGACGGAAGAAUUGGCCGUAUUGAGAUUGGACAGUUCACCUGUUUUUCCGAGAUGCCUCAAGAGCCCCGUCGUACCUACCGUGACCGAAAUAAUACCGGAAUCCAUCGACGAAUCGAUCGUUCACGAUGUUUCCAGUCCCGUUGAAGGACCGCCGAGCGUUAGCGUCAGUUUGGGACGAGUUUGGCGCGACGCUGUUCCAGUUCCGUUCCCACAACAAUUGAACUCCUCCGGUGCUGCUCACCAUUCCCUGGACAGCGGGCUCAAGGAGAGGAAAGCUCAGCCAACCGUUGCCAGGACGGUCUCAGCGCCGGAGAAAAGUUUGUCAACGUCCAAAGACUCGAGCACGUCGUCUUUCAGCUUUUCCCUCUCGAUAUCCAGGCUCGCCGAUCUCAGGAGCAACAAGAACGGCUUCUUUCGUCGCAAAGCACCGAAGCCAUCGCCCAGCGUCAGCAGCGACGGGUAUUUCAAACGGACGAGUGCAGCACCGAGAAGGUCGAGCAGUCGGAGAAGAGUCACGAGGACUUCCCAGAGAAAAAAUCACCCCAAAAAAAUGACGACCAAAGAGACGAUGCGACCCGCCAGCCCAGUUUGGUUCGUGCCCCCUGAAAAACGUCGAUCCAAAAGGCAGCGGAGGGUCUGGCGUGAAAUUCGUUGCUUGACCGUCGAAGAAGACAACAAUCCGUUGGCUGAGGCUAAAUCGGACGAUUGGUCGUCCAACGUUUCGGACGAAUUCGACGAUCAACAGUUGCUGCUUUCCGGUGACUUCAACGAAAGACGCGAUGUUUUUCGGCCCCGGCCAGCACCGCCGUCCUCGUCUCUCGGUACCGCGACCUCGUCGAGCGCGUGCUCGCGGAUUUCCACCUCGUCGUCGAAAUCGUCCGAAGGCUCGGGGUGUCCGGCCCCCAAAAUCAGCGACUUCAACGAGGACAAACUCUUCAGUGAAGAGCUCAGAGUCAGUGGGAUUCUGGCCCAGAGACCGACGUGGCGCUCCUCCGCGACGACCCCCUCCAUCAACUACUUCGCGAGCGCCCAGUUCUUGACCUUUCUAACGAAAAAUUCGAGUCUCGGCUCGUUGGGAAGUGAGAAAAAAGACAACUCCCGACACUACCGAUGCUUCUCGUCGAGCGACAGCGAAACCGAAGAUCGAAAUGAUCGCACGCCGAGCGAUAACGAGGGGAAAAUCCUCAGAGAUCGUCCCAAAAAUAAAGAAACCCCGAGAGAUAAUCAAACGAGUCAACAGCAAAGGAGAGCAGGACCUAAGAGACGUCCGCUAAGAAGAAAGUCACAGCUCAAACGAGCCAACGGUGGACAGCCGGUUUAUCUCGUUCGCAAGUGUUCUUCCCUCAGGAGACGACCCAGGGACAUUACACAGAAGGGCUACGAAAAGAAACGAACUCGUUUGCUGCAGCAAUACGCCUCGAAGCAGUUGGCAGGCAGUGGAAACGGCAGUGGCGUCGUUGGCGUUAGCGGGGGUGAAAGAACGGGUUAUGGGAGCGGUGGUGGCGGCGGCGGGGGUGGAGGAGGUGGCGGACGACCCCAACCACGUGCAAGGCGGACGCAGCGGCGGGUCACGCACUCGGAGAAGCGUUAUCACUCAGGAGGCCGGCUAAUACCCGCUGGUAUCGCGACUCCUCCGGGUUCGGGCAGAUCUACGGGAAACUCCGCGGUCAACUCAAAUUCGGCAGCCGCCAGACGCGGAAAUCGCAGACUUACGCGCAAUGAAAGCCGCUACCAUUCGGAGGUGCGCCAAGAGGCGGUGCAACAGGCAUUGGCAGCGAUGCAGGGUCGUCCGAAGCCAUCAUUGCCGAUGCCAUCGAAGAGAACAUCCGUAAUGGCAAGAUCACCGGAUCGUGAUCGUCGUGAUAGUGGCGAAUCGAGUAGUGACGAGGACAGCGUCGUUACGGAGGAAAGUCCUGGGGCUGGUGGUCCAACCGGAACAGGAUUAUCGGACACGAGUAGUACGGGAUCGGCGCGUGAUACUCCACCACCCCCGAGACCACCGGCUCGAAGGCCACCCGCCGACAUAACUGACAUCGCCGAAUAUACACCACACGCUUAUUGCAAUAUACAGCCACCGGAUGUGACACACACAACGACACAAUCGCGCAGGCCAGGGGCUGAUCGUGUCAACCGUUAUCACGUUGUCGAAGAAAAUAACACCGGUACAACCGGACGAUGGAAAGUUUCAGCCAAAAUUCAACAAUUAUUAAACACCUUGAAACGACCCAAAAGACGACCUUUGCCCGAAUUUUACGAAGAUGACGAUAUUGAACUUGAGAUCGCUGCCAAUCCAAAAGAUCCGAAUGCACCUAAGCCCGAAGGUAGUUCCAUGACUUCUGCCGUGGGUGAACAACUUUCUGUUCCUUCGGGUUUACCCAGAUCUCUUGAAGCUGCGAUACAAAGGUAUGGUUCGGCAACGUACAAAGCUCCUGCAGCAACAGUUCUUGAUCCAAAUGGAAAGCUCUGUGUCACAUUGACCUAUGGAAAGCUGCUUUCUCGUUCUCAUAAAAUAGCCUACACCCUGUUGAACAAAGCUCUGAGCCGUAACAUCGGUGACGUUUGUCUGAAACCAGGCGACAGAAUAGCUCUUGUCUAUCCAAACAAUGAUCCGAUAAGCUUUAUGUGUGCUUUCUACGGCUGUCUACAAGCUGGUAUAGUUCCGGUACCAAUCGAAGUACCUCUCACACGUCGCGAUGCAGGAUCACAGCAGAUCGGCUUUUUAUUGGGCAGCUGUGGCAUCCAAGUGGCACUUACCAGCGAAGCUUGUCUCAAAGGCUUGCCCAAGACUGCAGCAGGCGAAGUUGUGGCCUUUAAGGGCUGGCCAAAAUUGCAUUGGUUUGUCACGGAGCAUUUGGGUAAAACGCCGAAAGAUUGGUUGCCACCGCCAAGGUUGACGGAUGAUACACCAGCGUACACAGAGUACACGACAGACAAAGAUGGUUCUGUGAUGGGUGUAACAGUGACAAGAGCCGCGAUGUUGUCGCACUGUCGAGGUUUGACAAUGGCUUGUGGUUACACCGAGGGUGAAAACGCCGUCUGCGUUCUCGAUUUCAAGCGAGAAGUUGGUUUGUGGCACAGUACGUUGACGAGUGUGCUCAAUGGAAUGCACGUCAUAUUUAUUCCAUACGCACUUAUGAAAGUGAAUCCAGCGAGUUGGAUGCAAAUGAUAACAAAGCACAGGGCCAGCGUAGCUGUUGUUAAAUCGAGGGAUCUCCAUUGGGGUCUCCUCGCAACAAAAGAUCACAAAGACAUAUCGUUAUCAUCGCUGAGACUUCUGUUGGUUGCUGACGGUGCUAAUCCCUGGUCUCUCUCCUCCUGUGAUCAAUUCCUCUCGGUAUUCCAAUCCAAAGGUCUACGUCCCGAUGCUGUUUGUCCUUGCGCAUCCUCCUCCGAGGCACUCACCGUCUCCGUCAGGAGACCUGGACGCGCCGGGGUCAAUGCCACCGGUCGGGGUGUCCUCUCUAUGUCAGGACUCAGCUACGGCGUGGUCAGGGUUGAUCAAGAGAACUCGCUCACUUCCUUGACUCUUCAGGAUUGCGGACAAGUGAUGCCUGGAAGUAUUGUUGUCGUCGUAAAAAUCGAAGGUCAACCGUUUAUAUGUAAAACCGACGAAGUCGGUGAAAUUUGCGUGCACAGCCCGGCGACUGGGUCACAAUACUGGGGUCUCCAGGGACUGACGAACAACACUUUCAAAGUUUCGCCGCUUCAAGCGGAUGGAACACCGACCGGAGAUGUCGAAUAUACGCGCUCUGGUCUUCUCGGAUUCCUCGGACCCGGCGGUCUCGUGUUCGUGUGUGGAUCACGUGACGGUCUCAUGACUGUAACAGGUAGAAAACACAAUGCCGACGACAUUAUCGCAACGGUGUUGGCAGUUGAGCCAAUGAAGUUCAUAUAUCGUGGGAGAAUCGCUGUGUUCAGCGUUCGCGUUUUGCGGGACGAGAGGAUAUGCGUUGUCGCCGAACAGAGACCGGACUGCAGUGAAGAAGAGAGUUUCCAGUGGAUGUCUCGAGUUUUGCAAGCAGUGGAUUCGAUUCAUGCAGUAGGAAUUUAUUGUCUGGCUUUGGUGCCACCGAACUAUUUGCCCAAAACGCCACUCGGUGGUAUUCAUUUGUCGGAGACUAAGAGGAGAUUCCUCGAGGGUACAUUACAUCCGGCAAACGUAUUACUGUGUCCCCACACGUGCGUGACGAAUUUGCCAAAACCCCGAGAAGUGCAUUCGGCGGGGGAUUCUGUUGCAGAUGUCGGUCCUGCGAGUGUCAUGGUCGGGAACAUCGUGCAGGGCAAUCGUCUCGCUUCGGCUCAGGGUCGUGACAUGGGCGUUUUGGAUGAGGAUAGUGACAACGCCAAAAAGUAUCAGUUUAUAUCGGAAAUUCUCCGAUGGCGAGCUGUCAGCACAUCGGAUCACGUAAUCUUCACAUCACUGAACGCAAAGGGUGCAAUUGCGACAUCGUUGUCGUGCUCGCAACUUCACAAAAAGGCUGAGCGCAUAGGGAAUUUAUUGCUCGAUCGCGGACGCAUUAAUACCGGGGACCACGUAGCUUUAAUAUUUCCACCUGGCACAGAUUUGAUUUGUGCUUUUUAUGGUUGUCUCUAUGUCGGUGCUGUACCUGUCACGAUCAGACCACCGCAUCCACAAAAUUUGCAAACAACACUGCCAACUGUUCGCAUGAUCGUCGACGUCAGUAAAUCCGUUCUCGUACUCACCAAUCAAAAUAUCCUGAAACUCCUGAAAACGAAGGAAGCGAACAACGUCGUCGAAGUUAAAAGUUGGCCAACUGUUCUCGACAUGGACGACAUGCCAAAGAAGAAACUUCCGGUAAUGUAUCGCGCUCCAACCGCGGAAAUGUUGGCCUAUCUCGACUUCAGCGUCUCGACAACGGGAAUGUUGGCUGGAAUUAAAAUGUCACACGCUGCUGUCACGUCACUGUGUCGAGCAAUGAAACUGGCUUGCGAACUUUAUCCAUCACGACACAUUGCUCUUUGUCUCGAUCCAUAUUCCGGGUUGGGUUUUGCUCUGUGGUGCUUAAGCAGUAUAUACAGUGGGCAUCAUUCGAUUCUCAUACCGCCUUCGGAGGUUGAGGCGAAUCCAGCUCUAUGGUUAUCAGCCGUGAGCCAAUCGCGCGUACGUGACACAUUUUGUUCGUACGGUGUAAUGGAACUUUGCACUAAAGGUUUAGGGUCGUCGGUACACGCGCUAAAAGCUCGCGGAGUUAGUUUAGCGUGUGUGAGAACGUGCGUGGUUGUGGCUGAGGAAAGGCCACGGAUAGCUCUAACAACGAGCUUUAGUAAACUUUUCUCAGCGUUGGGAUUGAGUCCACGUGCCGUUUCAACUUCGUUUGGUUGUCGUGUCAAUACUGCCAUAUGUCUCCAGGGUGCCUCGAGUCCAGAACCAUCGACGGUCUACGUGGAUCUUCGAGCCCUUCGAAACGAUCGUGUUUCAUUGGUGGAACGUGGAAGUCCACACUCUUUGUGCCUGAUGGAAUCGGGGAAAUUGUUACCAGGUGUAAAGGUCAUAAUAGCGAAUCCCGAAACGAAAGGACAAUGCGGCGAUUCCCAUCUCGGUGAAAUUUGGGUACAAUCGUCGCAUAAUGCGAGCGGUUAUUUCACGAUUUAUGGGGACGAGAGCGACUAUGCCGAUCACUUUAACGCGCGCCUCGUCACCGGCAAUACCGGCGAAGUUUACGCGAGAACAGGAUACCUCGGAUUUCUUCGAAGAACCGAAUGCGUUCAGCAAUCCGCCGUUGGUGAAGUUCCCGGCGAUACUAGCUCAGCAUCCGAAGUCGACAUCGCACCCGGUGAUGCUGAACUUCACGACGCCGUUUUUGUGGUUGGCGCACUCGACGAAGCCAUUCUACUCCGGGGAAUGCGCUAUCAUCCUAUUGAUAUUGAAAACAGCGUCAUGAGGUGUCACAAAAAAAUUGCUGAAUGUGCGGUCUUUACGUGGACGAAUUUAUUGGUGGUCGUGGUAGAGCUAAACGGGAGUGAGAGCGAAGCGUUGGAUCUCGUAGCUCUGGUGACGAGCGCUGUACUCGAAGAGCAUCAUCUCGUGGUCGGUGUCGUCGUGGUGGUCGAUCCUGGGGUCGUGCCGAUAAAUUCACGCGGCGAAAAGCAGCGGAUGCAUCUGCGGGAUGGUUUCCUCGCGGAUCAAUUAGAUCCAAUUUACGUGGCGUACAAUAUGUGAGCGGUUACGAACGCGAUCGUAAAAUUAUUCCUCUUCGCGGCUGCUGUUAUUAUUUCUUUUACCGAGUUCAUUAUAAUCGUUUAAUUUAUAUGACAAAAAGGUCCGAGAGUCCGGAUAGGAGCGCGAUAAUCUGUGAAUUAAUUAACGGCUGUACGUAUUAAGUACGUAAUUCGUCAUACGUCAAAUGAGCCAUGAUUAUUUUUAUUUUGUUUUUUCUCACGUCACAAGAAUUACGCUGACGCCGAUGGCUUUUUUCUUGUAAUAUCAUUAUUCUUGCGUUUUUAUUGUUUCGCUUUGACGCGAGGUUGUACAGGGCAGCUACCAGAUAAUUCUUGUUUAUCGUUUAUAUUCGAGUCCCGUUGUGACAAGGGACAGACUGACGGAUCAGCGUUAAUUCAAGAAAAUCGACCAUUUUUCAGGGGAAAAAAGAUCACUGAAACGAAUUUCAUUCUGAUAUACUGGAAUGUUUUUUACAGAGACCUUACUAUUCGAUCGAUUUUCGGACGUGAGAAAAAUUUAAGUAGUUUCAAGUUCGCGAGGAAUAUUAUUAGAGUUUUGUGAACUUUCCGUCGAAUCGUCACGAUACUAUUUGAUAAUAGUGUACCAUUUUUCCAUAAAUUUUCAUUUCUAUCGAGCGAAAGACACGAGCGAGACUUUCGAUUCGUAGAAUACACUUCGUCGACGUAGGCUCAAGGGAAAAUAUAAAUAAACGAAGGGGCUGGAUAUCGAUGAUCUUUAAUCUAAAAUAAAAAAUAAAAAAACUAAAGAACCAAGAAUUUUAAAGAAUAGAUGAAAACUUCGACUCGACGUCAAUAUUUGACACGUACAACACGUUCUACGAUGUCCCCGAGACAAGUGCGCCUCGCGCAUAACGCUCAAAGAACGGUACUACAAGAGCACAAACUUUAUAUAUACAUAUUCUCACUUGAUACAAACAUUUUAAAAAUAUCCUUCGACUUUGUAUGUUAUAUUUUUUUAAUUUAAUGACGAUUGCUCAAAGUUUGAGAUGAGAAAAAAGCGAAAAUUACUCGAGCCAGCCCCGAUUUUUCGAAAGACAAAAAACUGUCUCGUUUUAUCUACAUGACGUUUUUAUAUUGUCACACGAUUGUUUUGAAUUAUCGCAAGAUAGAAAAACGUUGUACAUUUGUUAAUAAUUUUAUAUGUUUUCUUCUUUAUUUUUCUUUCUAUCUGUUUCUUAUUUCUAUUAUUAAUAUUCGCGACGAUCACAGCACGCGCAAAGUAUGUUAUAACACGUACUAUUUAACUGUAAUCAACUCGUACACCGGGUUAGUGAGAAAGAGAUGAAGAAAAUGGUAUAAAAAAGACGAUUAAUCGCGCGUAUAUCGACGCCCCGAUCGUUCGUAUGGAAGAAAAAUACUUAUAGAUUAGAGCGAGCAUUGCCAUUAACGACGAUAAUAUAGGUAUGAUUGUUAUACGAAUACUUUGUCAGUGCAAUACACAGACGCGUGUAUAAUCGCGAGCUAACACAAGAAAGAAUGAGAAAAUACAAGAGAAAUGAGAGCCCUGAAACUUGGACCGUUAGAGGUUGGCUUUAUUUUGUAAAUAAAUAUGAAAAAAAUGAGAGAAUAAGAAAAGAAACAACAACCGAGUAUUAAGUUGGCGCAAAAAUUAUCUCAUGCAUCGUCGCUCGAAUCGUGUAUCGCGAAGAAUACCCCAUAAUUAUAGCGACAGCUGUGACAACGUAUUCAAUCGCGUGUAUUUAUAUCUAUUAAACGAAAAAAUAACACACACACACAACCGAUAGUGAUUUACGAUAAUUCCGGUAUUGAAAGUUGUUUUUUCACGAAAUACCGUGCCAUUUUCGUUUCUCUUCUUUUCAAUCUUUCAUUUUUUGUUCACUCGAUACUUUCUCGUAUCGCGAAUAUCCACGGACUUUUGACGUACUGGAUUUCUUGCUGGAGAGCUUGAGAGAGUGAGCAUGACUAUUAUUGACACUUUUUUUUUGCAAUUCAUUGAAUUCUUACGUUAGUUGCCCCCGAUCAAAGUAGGCUUGUGCAAUUUUCAAGAAAUCCACCUUCUUAAAAUCCUUCGGAUUCCUUUCAUUUUUUUCUAAUUCAUUUACCGUUCAGACCGAUCUCGUUGAUCUCAUUAAUUAUCCUACUUACAAGCGUUAAUUAUCGAUUCGUAUUAUCUUUAAAAAACACGAAAUUCGGAGAAUUUUUCAUCUCUGGGUGCAAGAGAAAACAAGAAAUUUUGGAUCGUUCGAUCGAGACUUGGACUUGAACUACUUGAGAUUGAGAGACUGAACGUCAUCAUAUUCUGCCAAAAAUACCGUCAUUCGAUUUUUCAAAUCAAUGAGAACACUCUGGAAAAAUGAGACAAACGUUUUUUCAAAAUCUCCAAACGAAUAUUCGAGAUCGAGAAAAAGAACCGAUUGCAACUUGGCCACAAAAGAAAUUUCAUUUUCUCCGACACUUUUUUUUCUGCAGUAUUCGACUCCAUCGUUUUCUCAUGAUCAAAAAAACCAUCAGCAACUAAAUAACUAGCAUCAAAUUUUUAUUUUCCUAAACGGUAAGAUUAAAUUUCGUAGUUAGAAUAAAAACAAAAGAAUAAGAAAAAUCUUAUAGCGAACAGUUGCAUUUUUAAAAACGCAUACUCUCCGAAUCAAAUUUUCUACGAAUUUUCAAAAUCUCAUUUCAUCGUGCCUAUAAUAUCAUGAACAUUUUUUCACCCCCACAAGAUUCGAAUAAACAGAAACAAAAACCGAAUCUAUAGGUAGCCAGACGGAAGAGAGGAAAAAAUGAGAAAUGAAAAACGGAAUGACAUUGCACAACCCAACAAUAAAUCGGGGGAGGGGGGGGGGGGGUGGUGAGAGAGCAUGUAUGCUGUGUGACUGCGAGGAACGACGGUUUUCUCAAUUAUGUAUAAAUGUUGAUACUAGCUAGUAAGAAUGUGGAAUACUUGUCAUUUUUGUUGUUUUUAUUACAUCGCCACGUUCGAGAAGAGCCUUCUUUAUUAUUAUUUUUAAUUCCUUGGGUAGUAAGACGACGAAAUGAAUGUUCGAAACGAAUUCCACGGGGGAUUCCACAAAGGAAGAUCUUCCGAAUCAUUGUGUUAUAAUCGAAUGAAGAGAGAAAAUAAGAUGUAGCGUCGAAUUGAUCGUUUUUCUUUUCUUCUUAGGGAGUUUACGAGGCAGGCAGGAUGUGCUGUGUAUAUAUAAAGGAAAUUUUCUCUUCCCUCCCUCCCGUGUUAGAGGUAUCGAAAUACGAUAUAUAGUUUGUACGUUGAAGUAUACUAUAAUUAUUAUUAACUGUCUCUAUCGCGUAGCGUUUACUAUGUCGGAUUAAUCUUAACGAAUAAAAAAAAAAGAAAAGAAAAAUCACUCACUCGCGUAUCCUUUCCCGCGUAAAUCCCAUCGGUGACGUUUCGUCCCUAACCUCAAUCCGAUACCCGAUCAUAAACCCUCUCCGAUCUCUCUAACAUUCAUCUCUUAAUUCACAUGAUAAUGGAAGAUUUAAAUAAAUACAAAUCUAUAUAUAUAAAUAAAGAUCGAAGAAAACUGCCGUUGCAGUUUCCUUUUUGUAGCGUUUUUCUAACAAGCUGUGCCACACACUUUUAAUCUCUGGCGUGUACUAAACAAUAACGUUGUUUCCCUCUCUGUACCGUUUUUUCGGUCAUCGCAUAUCCCAUGCGUUCGUUAAGGGACUACAAAUAUAAAGGUACGAAAAAAACAAAAAAUAUAUAUACAAAAACGAAAGAAACAUUUGUAAUAACUCAACAUGCCCAAUUCUAUAUUUACGAAGAGCAUUGCACAGAGCGAGUCAUCAUUAAUAAACGUAAUGUACAUUUUUA